CGGUGCAAGAUGAAUCCCUCUUUCCCGUCUUCAAGAUGUUGAAGGGGUAUUGCUGCUUAUGACAAACCCAAGAGCAGAAGCUUUGUAAAAUGGCUCAAACCAGCUUGCUGCAAGGAAAGCAGUUUUACUGUAGGGAGUGGGUUUUCCACAAGCUUCAACACUGCCUCCAGGAGAAAGCCAACUGCAGCAGUAGUGCUGCCAACAAAACAUCUCUUGUAGCAAAUUCUGGGAAUAAUACUGGUGGUGUCCCUGGGAAAGGAGCUGCCUGGGGUGUGUUGUUGGUAGGAGGGCCUGGUAGUGGGAAGACGGCCCUCUGUACUGAGUUACUAUGGCCAAGCUCACCUGCAAACCUGCAAAGAGGUUUACACCGUCAAGCUCUAGCCUUCCAUUUCUGCAGGGCCCAAGACUCCGACACGCUGUGUGUUGGAGGAUUUAUUAGAGGUUUAGUUGCACAAAUCUGCCGCAGUGGACUGAUCCAGGGAUAUGAGGACAAACUAAGAGAUCCUGCUAUUCAAAGUCUCUUGCAGCCUGGGGAAUGCGAGAGGAACCCUGCUGAAGCAUUUAAAAGGUGCAUUCUGCUUCCCCUUUUGGGAAUGAAGCCCCCUCAGCAGAGCCUCUUCCUGCUCGUAGACUCAGUCGACGAGGGCUGUAACGUCUCCGAGGGCGAACAGACUUCGACAAGUUUAUCUGGGACAGUAGCAGAGCUUUUAGCUGGACACUUUGAGUUCUUCCCUCCCUGGCUGCUCCUUCUGUGUUCUGCCCGCAAGCAAAGCAAAGCUGUUACAAAAAUGUUUACAGGUUUUAGAAAAAUAAGUCUGGAUGAUCUCCGAAAGGCUUAUAUUGUGAAAGACGUGCAGCAGUAUAUCCUGCAUCGUUUAGAUCAGGAAGAAGCACUGAGGCAGCACCUCACAAAGGAAACUGCAGAAAUGCUCAAUCAGCUUCACAUCAAGAGCAGUGGUUGCUUUUUGUAUCUGGAACGUGUACUGGAUGGCGUCGUGGAGAAUUUUAUCAUGCUACGAGAGAUCCGCGAUAUUCCAGGGACAUUAAAUGGCCUCUAUCUUUGGCUUUGUCAGAGACUUUUUGUGCGGAAACAAUUUGCCAAGGUGCAGCCUAUCCUUAAUGUGAUUCUUGCAGCGUGCAGGCCCUUAACCACCAUGGAGUUGUAUCAUGCGGUGUGGACCAAAAAUAUGACACUCACUUUGGAAGAUUUCCAGCGCAAGUUGGAUGUGCUGUCAAAAGUCCUCGUUGAUGGUCUUGGAAAUACAAAAAUUUUGUUUCAUUACAGUUUUGCAGAAUGGUUGCUGGAUGUAAAGCACUGUACGCAGAAAUACUUGUGUAAUGCAGCUGAGGGACACAGAAUGCUGGCCAUGAGUUACACCUGCCGAGCAAAGGAUUUAACGCCAUUAGAAGCUCAAGAAUUUGCAUUGCACCUAAUUAACUCCAACUUGCAGUUAGAAACUUCCGAGUUGGCCUUGUGGAUGAUAUGGAACGGCACGCCUGUCAAAGACUCCCUGUGUACUCUAAUUCCUAAAGAGCAAGAAGUAUUGCAGCUGUUGGUGAAAGCCGGUGCUCACGUCAACAGUGAAGACGACCGCACGUCCUGCAUCGUGCGGCAGGCUCUGGAAAGGGAGGAUUCCAUCCGUACCUUGCUGGACAACGGAGCCUCAGUAAACCAGUGCGACUCGAACGGGCGAACGCUCUUGGCCAACGCGGCGUACAGUGGCAAUCUCGAUGUGGUCAACCUGCUUGUUUCGCGGGGAGCGGAUCUAGAGAUAGAGGACACUCAUGGGCAAACAGCACUUACCUUAGCGGCUCGGCAGGGGCACACCAAGGUCGUCAAUUGCUUGAUCGGGUGCGGUGCUAAUGUUAAUCACACGGAUCACGAUGGCUGGACAGCGCUGCGCUCCGCGGCAUGGGGCGGGCACACGGAGGUGGUGUCUGCGCUCCUCUACGCGGGAGUCAAGGUGGACUGUGCCGAUGCAGAUAGCCGGACGGCGCUGCGAGCCGCAGCCUGGGGAGGGCACGAAGAUAUCGUGCUGAAUCUGCUCCAACACGGGGCUGAAGUUAACAAGGCUGACAACGAGGGUCGAACGGCGCUGAUUGCAGCAGCGUACAUGGGGCAUAAGGAGAUCGUGGAGCACCUGCUGGACCACGGUGCGGAGGUAAACCACGAGGAUGUGGAUGGAAGGACUGCCUUGUCUGUCGCUGCGCUGUGUGUGCCGGCAAGUAAGGGCCACGCUUCCGUGGUUAGUCUUCUCAUUGACCGUGGUGCUGAAGUCGACCACUGCGAUAAGGACGGCAUGACUCCGCUGCUCGUAGCUGCUUAUGAAGGACACGUGGAUGUUGUUGAUCUGCUUCUGGAGGGAGGAGCUGAUGUUGAUCACACAGACAACAACGGCCGCACUCCCCUUCUGGCAGCUGCCUCCAUGGGCCACGCGUCGGUUGUGAAUACCCUCUUGUUCUGGGGUGCAGCUGUCGAUAGCAUCGAUAGCGAAGGGAGAACCGUCCUGAGCAUAGCCUCUGCACAGGGCAAUGUGGAAGUGGUGCGGACUUUGCUGGACAGGGGGCUAGAUGAAAACCAUAGGGAUGACGCAGGCUGGACCCCUUUGCACAUGGCAGCUUUUGAAGGUCACCGGUUGAUAUGUGAGGCGCUUAUAGAACAAGGUGCUAGAACAAAUGAAAUUGAUAAUGAUGGCCGUAUACCUUUCAUUUUGGCUGCGCAGGAAGGUCACUAUGAUUGUGUGCAGAUUUUACUGGAAAAUAAAUCUAGCAUCGAUCAGAGAGGCUAUGAUGGGAGAAAUGCUCUCCGGGUUGCUGCUUUAGAAGGUCACAGAGAUAUAGUUGAGCUGCUGCUCAGCCAUGGAGCAGAUGUAAACUGCAAGGAUGCCGAUGGCCGACCAACGCUAUAUAUCUUAGCACUAGAGAAUCAGCUUACAAUGGCUGAGUAUUUUUUAGAAAACGGUGCAAACGUAGAAGCGAGUGAUGCUGAAGGAAGAACAGCACUCCAUGUUUCCUGCUGGCAGGGCCAUUUGGAGAUGGUGCAGGUGCUGAUAACAUACCAUGCCGAUGUGAACGCUGCAGAUAACGAGAAGAGAUCUGCUUUGCAGUCUGCUGCUUGGCAAGGUCACAUGAAGGUGGUGCAGCUUUUAAUCGAGCAUGGAGCUCUGGUUGACCAUACGUGUAACCAAGGUGCUACCGCCCUGUGCAUCGCCGCCCAAGAGGGGCACAUCGAUGUGGUGCAAAUAUUACUGGAGCAGGGUGCUGACCCGAAUCAUGCGGACCAGUUCGGUCGCACCGCUAUGCGUGUUGCGGCUAAGAACGGACACUCUCAGAUCAUUAAAUUACUGGAAAAAUAUGGGGCAUCAACUCUGAACGGUUGUACCCCAUCUCCAGUGCACACAAUGGAGCAGAAGCCCUUGCAGUCGGUCUCCUCUAAAAUGCAGUCGCUCACGAUGAAGUCGAACAGCUCGGGGAGCACCGGCGGAGACAUGCAGCCCAGCAUGCGGGGCCUGUCCAACGGGCCCGCUCACGCCUUCAGUUCCCCUUCGGAAUCGCCCGACUCCACAGUUGACCGCCAGAAGUCGUCUUUAUCGAAUAAUUCCCUGAAAAGCUCCAAAAAUUCUUCUCUUCGUACCACAUCCUCGACUGCAACCGCUCAGACGGUGCCCAUCGAUAGCUUCCACAGCAUGUCGUUCACGGAGCAGAUCCAGCAGCAUUCCCUGCCGCGCAGCAGAAGCAGGCAGUCUAUCGUUUCUCCUUCGUCCACAACUCAUUCCCUCAGUCAAAAUCACAAUUCUCCAAGUAGCGAAUUUGAGUGGAGCCAAGUGAAACCCAGUUUGAAAUCAACUAAAACAAACAAAGGGGGGAAAACGGACAACUCCAGCAAAUCUGGGUCAGGUGGGAAGAAAGGAAAGCAGAGUAGUUCCUCUCAACCAAAAGUGUUAGAGUAUGAAAUGACUCAGUUUGAUAAACGAGUACCCGUUGCCAAAUCGGGGGCGAGCGUGCCGCACAAAUCCAUGCCAGCAGAACCGCAGUGCAAAAUUCUGGUCCCUCCCGCUCAGCAAGAAGUCGGUCGGUCUCAGCAGCAGUUCCUCAUCCACCAACAGAGUGGAGAGCAGAAGAAGAGAAAUGGAAUUAUGACAAAUCCAAAUUACCAUCUGCAGAGCAAUCAGGUUUUUCUUGGUAGGGUUUCUGUGCCGCGAACUGUGCAGGAUAGAGGGCAUCAGGAGGUGCUGGAGGGCUACCCUCCCGCGGAGACAGAGCUCAGCCUUAAGCAAGCCUUAAAACUUCAGAUUGAAGGUAGUGACCCAAGCUUCAACUACAAGAAAGAAACACCGUUAUAAAAGGUAACCCACCUAGUUGCGAAGGAGUCAAA